UCUGGUGCAAACUUUCAUUCAGGUCAUCACAGCACAGUCUGAGAAUCUGUGAGUUUCUCAUUCCUCUUUCCAGUGAAGUCAGCGGUUAGCGUUGAACGGCUUCCAGGCAGGAGUUCCUUUUCUGAGUGGCGUUAAUGUCUGCAACUUAAAUGUUCAUCUGAGUCUCAGUUCAACAAAAUAAUUUAAACCACAGCUUCACUCUCACUCUGUUUCAUGUCUUGUGAUUUUCUCACUUUAGAGAGAAGUCCAUCCUCUCCGUCUUCUGCUGCUAAAUGUGUUCUCUGAAAGUUCAUGUUGUUUAGAAAUGUAUUUAUAUUUUUUAUCAGGCAGUCUUAAACCGAACAGGGAACUCUAAGAUGGUCAGUGACCCGGGGCGCUGGGUAGCAUAGCGGUUCUGUUGCACGCCUCAUGUCCAGAAGUGGAUGUUUAAGUGUUUCCAUGGUAACGUGUUCAUCCAUACUGAGCUGAUUGUUUCCAGUUGAGGAGGAUUGUUUUCUUGGCGACAGUGAGCGCGAUGAGUAGUUUGUGUUUUUUUGGUCGUUGGGAGGUGUGAUUGAAAAUGUGUUACUGAGAAUGCGUAGUGAUGGGGGAGUGGAACCUGGCAGUUUAUUUGUGACUUAGUAGUCAUCCAGGGUGUUAGGGGGGCGGGGCUUAAUGAACAGUUAUUGGAGUGAGAAAGUCCCAUUUGAUGUUCUGAAGUGUGAGUUCUGUGGUUAAUCUUAUACUGAAUCAGUUGGAGGUUCUGUUUGUCACUGAGAAGGUGUUGUUGCAGAUUAUAUUCCAGGUUUCAUGGUCUGUUGUUGUGGAUAAAUCUUUUUAGGGCUGCCGGAUUCAUCCUCUUUACAGAGAUUGAAGUAGUGUCGGUUUAGUCCAGUUUAUUGAGUAGUUUCAGAUUUUGGAAUAUUUUUGAUUCAUUGUUUCUUGAAGUGAGGUUUGUGGAGUCUGUAGGUAAAGUAUGAUGUCGUCAGCAUAUAGAGUUAUCUUGUGUGUUAUGUUGGAGUGCUGCAGCGAGUGGUUUCAUGUAGAUUGUGAGUAGAGAGAGAGAGAGUCGACAUCCUCGUCUUGUUCUCCUGUGCUGAAGCUUGAUGACGUCACACUGUUGCUCUCGGUGAGUUGUUUAGUGUUUCGACUCAUGAUCCUGAUUUGUUUCUGUAUUCAAAGUUCUUGUGUUUGAGUUGUUGGAUUAGAAAUAAUGCUUUUUAGGGGUAGGGUGCAAACUGUCGAUGGGAGCUGGUGUGUCAUUAGCGUCUGUUUUUUUACUGUCCUGAUUCAGUAAAGCAUGCUGACUCCUGAUUGGUCAAUACAGCUCGGCCGACAAAUGUCCUUUAAACUGAAACCAGAACACGUCACCUGCUGAAAAUCCGGACCCCGAGAGAUCACACGCAGGUAGAGAUUACUCAUAAUGUAAUUCUCACUUUAAAGAUCAGAUUUUGUGAGUCAGACGGAGAUCUCACUGUCAGGAGAAACCUGAUCCAUGGAUCCAGAGCUUCAUGUCAACAUGCUGUACGGUCAAAUGACCACAGCUGAAUCUAAGGUUUAAUAAAGUACAGAUCUGUGAGGUCAGGACCUCUCUGUUCUUUAAGCCUCUCUCUCUCUGUUUCUGUCUCGUCCUUGGGGACUCGGGUAGUGAUUCGGUCUUUCCUCUGAAAUAGUGGAACUGAAACGUCUGUUCAUCACUCUGCACUCAUUUCACAAAUCCUCCCUUUUGCAUCUCAUCCUCCGGGUCUCACUGCUCUCUGUCCUCAGAGGGUUUUUUUUCAGGGUUUGUGUCAUUAACAUCGGAGGAGCGUGGCUCAGCAGCCGCUUUUCAGACAUGGCCAAGAAGGACUGUCCAGUGGGUGAAAAGUGGGACUUCCUUGUCAAACAAUGCAUCUCCAGCAGGACCAUAAACAGACCUAAACCUACCAAGUGGCCCACAGAGCCCCGGCCUCCCGUGGUCCAGGUGAAAUCCACGUCUCCUGCCCCUCAGCUGUCCUCCAUGAUGUUCCUGAGUCCGGCUCUGUGGAUCUGUGUGGGUCUGGGUACGGUGGUGACCAUCCUGAUCGUGACUCUGUUCUUCAUUUACAGAAAACACACCAGGACGAGCAGAAUCCCGGACGACUCUGAGAAGCAGCGUGAACCGGUGGUUCUCCCCUCGCAGCCGCCCUGCAGCGCUCACCUGCACCCGGGCGCCCAAACAGGAUGGGAGUGGGAGGAGGACUUCACCACCUGUCGGUGCCCCCCAAUGCAUGCUGGGACGUGGGUGGAGAGAGGACUGGAGCACAGAGUCCCCCUCCCUGCCACGGAGCUGGGUGGGACGGUGUUAGUCACCACUAAAACUGUGUAGGUGUGUGUGUGUGUGUGUGUGUGUGUGUGUGUGUGUGUGUGUGUGUGUGUGUGUGUGUGUGUGUGUGUGUGUGUGUGUGUGUGUGUGUGUGUGUGUGUGUGUGUGUGUGUGUGUGUGUGUGUGUGUGUGUGUGUGUGUGUGUGUGUGUGUGUGUGUGUGUGUGUGUGUUCUUCACUGCAUGCACUCUACACUUCGUGGUUAGUUUUUCUCAUUUUGAUUCACAUUUUGGAUCUCUUUAUCUCCACCAUGUUUUGAUGGUUUUCACAGAAGUUCUGAAGCGGACUUUCAUCCGUUUGUUUUCUUGAACUCUGUUUAGAGGACGAGCUCGUUUUCCUCUCAGAUGUUAAACACAAACAGCUUUAGUAUAAGGAAGUUGACUCGUGUGAGAGACUCCGCCUGGAUCAGGAGCGGUAGAGUCAUCGUGGUGACUCCACACACUGGAGGAUUGUUUGGACACAUAAUCAGUUUUGACAUACCUCAUGAAGCCAGUCUUACUCGAGAAGGCGUGAAAAUAAAACAUGGGCGCAUGUUCACUUCAGACUUCUGAACAUUUUAGAUCAUAUUUGAAUUGUUUUCUGCAGCCGUCUUUUUAAGAGGUCGCUGCACUGUUUUUCAAAGGAGCAGAGAUGUGGAGUCUCCUAGUGUGUUCAGUUUCCUGUUCUUUAAUGUGAAGUGUUAUUAAAAGUUUAAACUGCUCUGAA